AUCGAGUUUUUGCUACCUUCCUGGCGCUGGCUCAAAGCCUACGACUGGAAGGAAUCAAUAGUCUCUGACGUUGUUGCCGGUCUCACCGUUGGUGUCAUGGUAGUUCCGCAGAGCAUGUCGUACGCCAAGCUAGCGGGUCUACCGGUCGAAUACGGUCUCUAUUCAGCCUUGGUGCCCGUCUACGCCUACGCCUUCUUUGGGUCAUCUCGACAGCUUGCCGUUGGUCCAGUGGCGUUGGUCUCGCUCUUGCUGCAGACGGGACUCUCGUUAGCGCUCGAAAACGAUAAUCAUUUUCCCGAAGACCCAGGCUACCAAGAGCGCUACAACAGACUCGCUAUUCAGACGUCCUUUCUUGUUGGCGUUUGCUACAUUGUUAUGGGUCUGCUGCGACUGGGCUUUGUUACCAUCUUUUUGUCACACGCCGUAAUUUCCGGCUUCACGACGGGUGCCGCUGUCAUUAUCGGAAUGAGCCAGGUCAAAUACAUUCUGGGCUACGAAAUCGAGUCUUCCAAGUCUUUUCACAAGUUGCUCCAGGAACUUGUCGAGAAUAUCAAUAAGUUCAACUACAAAACCUUUCUCAUGGGCGCAUUCAGUAUUCUUGCCCUUGUCCUUAUGAAACAUGUUGGUAAACAAUUUCCCAAACUGAAGGGGGUCCGUGCGAUGGGACCAUUGUCGGUCACAGCAGUGACUAUCAUCAUCACCCUGGCGUUUGAUCUAGACAAAAAAGGAAUUCCAGUUGUGGGUACAAUUCCCAAAGGUCUGCCAAAGUUCACUGCCGGGGACUGGACGCCCGUAGACCAAGUGGGCAAUCUAUUUCUAGUUGUUCUUUCGAUUGUUGUUGUUGGGUUCAUGGAGUCUAUCGCGAUUGCCAAGCAAUUGGCUUCCAAGCACAAAUACGAGAUUGAUUCCUCUCAAGAACUAAUUGGUCUUGGAAUGGCAAACUUUCUUGGUGGAAUGUUCCAAGCCUAUCCCGUGACGGGAUCAUUCAGUCGGUCGGCUGUCAACAACGAGGGCGGCGCAAAAAGUGGAGUUAGUGGGAUGGUCACGGCAACUCUUGUCGGCUUUGUAUUGCUGCUGUUGACUGUUGUCUUCGAAAAGCUUCCUCUUUCGGUCUUGGCUGCAAUCGUGAUCUCUGGGGUUCUCGGACUGCUAGACUACGAGGAGGCUAUGUUUCUUUGGAAAGUUCACAAAUUCGAUUUCGCUGUUUGGUUGACUGCUUGUAUAGGUACAAUGUUUUUGGGAGUCGAAAUUGGUCUGGCAAUAGCAGUCGGGGUCUCGCUAUUGAUUGUUGUUUACGAAUCGGCAUAUCCGCACACAACUAUAUUGGGGCGUUUGCCGGGAACAACAAACUAUCGGAGUGCCAAACAGUAUAGCAAUGUGGAAGUAUAUGAUGGAAUUGUAAUGAUUCGUAUUGAUGCACCUCUGUACUUUGCCAAUGCCCAAAAUGUCCGAGACAAGAUUCGGAAAUAUCGACUGAUGGCCGAAGAACGGGCUGCCGCAAACAACUCAAGUGUACGCUUUUUCAUUCUUGACUUGAGCCCAGUAUCCCAUGUUGACACAAGUGCUCUUCACAUUCUAGCUGAUAUGAAUGCCAAUUACAAUUCACGUGGGCAAAUAAUUUGUAUCUGCAAUCCAGGCAUUGUCGUCAUGGACCGCCUUAUUCACAGUGGUCUGGUGGAAAGAAUAGGACGUCAAAAUUUUUUCCCGUCCGUGCAUGACGCUCUCAAUGAUUGUUUGCGCAAAAUGGACAAA